AUGGAUCCCAUCAAGCGGGACGACGCCUUCUGGACUCCACAGAGACAAGAUCAGAUGAAGAACGAAUCUAUCCAACAAAUCCUUGAUCGCCCAGCCCCACCUGACGAACCCGAACACUUCAGCAAGGCUACGGCACGGGAGCGACCUAAGCACCAUUUUGCUUCACUCAUGGGUGGUACUACAGUUCAGGAGAAACAAGCCAUGGAAGAAGAACUCAAGGAGGCAGGUGGUGGGACCCGAGAUGAUGAUCUGAACUCAGGCAUCGUAACUGCCGGUGUUGAUGAGGACCCUCAUGUAAUUGAUCCCCCAGGCAGUGGUGGCCCCUUUGAUGCCCUGAAGUUCCCAAAACGACUCAUCCAACAACUGAAUCGCGAUGAUGGCGACACAUUGGUCAAAUGGGGCACGAGGGCUCUUUUGGAAAUUCCAGAUCGACUGAUGGCUGAAAUUCAUCCACGAAUUCUGGCAAAGAUGCCAUUCUCAGUUCUCAUUAACCAGAACCGUGCUAUUCAGGACAAACUCCCUGCCGACCAUACUUUGUUUGAACAGAAGAGUCAACUUGAGCAAGGCGAAGUCACUCGUCGAAGCUCCACACGCGAAUCAGGCGCUAAAACCUGGCGCAACAUUCCCUCCACUGCCGAUCUCAACGAGGCUGAGAAGUCAAUUAUGGCACCAGCGCAAGCAAUAUCGAAUGCAAGAUUUACAACUGGAAGUAGACAUGAGGAUGGAGAAUUCCCUCGUCGUAUCGCUCUUCCCCGUACUCGCAGAUCUAAGAACAGUCAGACAGCCGAGUCGAGCAAUACCGGUGAAGCCGAAAGCUCGACCUCAAUCUCCUCAUCAACAAGAUCAAGAUUGACUCCGAGUAAUUCUACCUUCUCUGUACCCUCUCCUUUGGCAGAUUCGACUCAAUUGUCUGUCAGCGGCAACAAUCCUCGUGGCGGCAACACCUCCACCUCCAUGGCUGUGGAAAAACCAGUAGAAGACCAAGGUCCCUGCACCACAUGUUCUACAAUGGGAGUCAAAUGUAACAGAGCGAAGCCGGAGUGCUUUUGGUGCCGUCACGCUGGCUACGAGUGCAGCUUCAAGCUUUUGUCGUCCCAAACAGCCAGAAGCCUGUUUGAGGACAGCAUCACCGAGGCUGCCAGAAAAAUGAAUCUGAAUACUGACACAGCACAUCUCAAUCUUGGGCCCGACACUGAAGUUCCUAAGAAUCUUCGACCCAAACCAACCUAUGGCAAGGGACGUGAUGUCGAAAAGAAGGGAAAUCGCAAGCGCAAUGCCAAACAGCUUGGCCGAACCCAGCUCUUUGAUCGUGAUGGAAAUUUCAUUUAUGAUAGAGAGAAUAAAAGUACUUACACAGACCCAUCUGCACAGGAAGAGAACUACCACAACCGUCCCUCUAUCCGGAUUUCGGUCCCUGACCACCUCAAGAACCUUCUCGUCGACGACUGGGAGAAUGUGACCAAAUCCAUGCUCCUGGUCCCCCUACCCAGCCAAGCACCGGCCAAUUUCAUCCUCGAUGAGUACUUCAACGAAGAGAAGACCAAUCGAAGACUCGGCUCGGUUGAAGCGGAUAUUUUGGAAGAAUUCUGCACUGGACUGAAGGUCUAUUUUGAGAAGUCUAUUGGAAAGAUCUUGUUGUAUCGCUUUGAGCGUCCCCAACUGAAUGAAGUGCGCAAGUUGUGGGAGUCAGGUAAGUACAAAGAGUGGGAUGGCAAAGGUCCUGGUGACUGCUAUGGCGCAGAACACUUGACUCGCAUGAUCAUCAAUCUCCCCGAGAUGAUCGCCCAGACCAACAUGGACACCGAGUCAGUCUCGCGCUUGAAAUCCGAACUCAGCAAAUUCAGCACUUGGUUGUCCCGAAACAGUGGAAGGAUUUUCUGCGCCAAGUACGAGAAACCCAGCGCCGAAUACAUUGAAAGUGCCCGUUGA